UGUGGUGUUUUGUACUUCACAGCUCAGGGUGACGAGAAGGAAGAAGUGGUGAAGAGGGAAGCGUCAAUGUGUGAUGGUUCCUGUCUGAAGGGUUGGAGCAGUUUCAAAAACAAGUGCUACCAGUAUGUAAGGGACAGGAAGACAUGGGCUGAUGCUGAGUUGUACUGCCGCAGUCUCGGAGGGAACCUCGCCUCUAUACACAGUGUCGAAGACAACCAGGCCAUCCAGAACCUGAUCAGAAAUAAUGACGCCUCAAAUGGUUAUACCUGGAUCGGGGGUUCUGACUGCUUCAAGGAGGGGUCAUGGUAUUGGACCGAUGGAUCUAAAUGGGACUACAACAAUUGGAACAAGGGAGAACCAAAUAAUUUUGGAAUCGAAAAUUGUCUGCAAUUUAACUUUCCAGGUAAUAUAUCUUUUUAAUGGUUUAUCAGCAUU